UCGAACUCAAACGAGCGACAGGAGGAAAACUGGAGGAUUUCCAACUAGACAAAUUCUAUAUUCUCAUAGAAGGAUGAUUUUGAUUGUAAUAUUUUUCCUUCUGUCUAUUCCAAAACUUCCCGUUGCCUUGUCAUCGGCUGGAGAGUUAUGUUCUUCAAAAUUUCUUGACAACACGACCCGACAGCAUUUGAAAAAACCCGUUGGUCUCAAUAUUUUCUUUUUUUCACAUCCUUGGGAGUCGUUCCAGUUCAAUAGUUCUUCCAAGCCUCUGUGCAUCAACGGCCACAAACAUAACUCUAUUUGGGCAAUUUGGGCGGACGUAGAAAUAGAUAUACAGACUGAACCUGAGGAUUCGGUGAAUGUCGUUUCGGGGAAAAGUUGUAAAGAAGUCAGGGAAAAAUUUGUGAGUAGAGCCAAUACUUGGUUUCCCAUGAACUGGCCGUCAUUUGGUAAAACUGGAGGCAGUGUUGUUCUGUCAGUACCUCCCUAUGGUAGGAAUUGUUAUGCAAUCUCCACAGAAGGGUAUUGGGAAGCCAAAGUUACUUCUCAUAAAAUAAGGAUCCAGUAUCCUGUCGCGUUGAUUUUCGGAAUAAUUUUGUUCCACAAAGCUGAUUUAGUUGCAAGGAGCGUUUUGUUUUAUUACACGGCUGGCGUGUCAAUGGGAAUGAUUAUGGCCGUUUUCCUUCUUUUGUUUGUCAUUUCAAAGUUUAUGCCACAGAGAGGCAUUGGUUAUGUUUUCAUGUUUUGUGGUUCCAGCAUCGUUCUAUAUUUCUUUCGUUUCGUAACGGAACUUAUCAUUAGUGGAAAAUUUGCAGACAUGAAGAUAUUUUAUGCUUAUUUUAUAUCAGCAGCUCUAGUUAGUUUUCUCUAUUGUUACUAUCGUGGUCCAAUUGAGAGCGCCCGUGGCUUGGACAUCAUGAAGUGGUCUUUGCAAUCCGUGGCUUUGUUCAUUGUUUACUACAGCAUACGAUGCGAGGAAAUUUCUUUGACUUUCGUUUUAAUACUGAUCACCACGAGAUGGAUUUCAUUUCUAGGUGCUCGUCAUUAUGUUCUAACUAGAGGCUGGGUUCCAUAUCGCCUUCAAGCGUAUUUUCGAAGGCCACGGUUAAUUACUAUGGAAGAAUACGAAAAAGAAGGAAUCGAAGAGACUGCUAAAGCCUUAAAGGCGUUAAGAGAGUAUUGUGAGAGUCCUGAAUGCAAUACAUGGAAGACUGUUUCCAGAUUAAAAAAUCCGAAAAGGUUCGCAUCGUUUAUGUACGAUGGAGACGAUGUUACUCCUGAAGAACGACAGGAAUAUGACGAGCUCUCAUUCGACGGCUAUGCGCCUUUCUUAACAAGCGAUGAGGAUAGUGUAGAUGAGUUGACAUUAUUAGAACAAAUGUAUCCCGUCGACGGCGAAAUCUGCAAGCAAUAGCUGCGUAAACGGUUCCGUUCAUACACUACGACGUUCUUCAUGCAGAAAGAAUGGCAAUCCUCAGAUGGCUCGAUCGCCUCACGUCGUCUUUGCUGUAGUAUGUGCUAUCAGCCUAAAUCUAUUUUUGCAAUUUAGGUAUAUGUAAUUUUUUUAAUUUUGUUUUUUGAUAGCAUUCAGAAAAGGAUUAUAUUUUAUAUUUAAAGUGGAACAAAUGUUGCACUCCUGUAAAAAUGUUGAUACGAAUUUUUGUGACUAUACGAAGCUUUGCAUCUUGUUUAAAAUUUAAUAUAUUAUAGCUAGUUUAUCACUUUAUUAAACUCUGCGAAAAUAAAAAGUGAAGUAUUGACUAUUCACAGUAUUGUGAUAGUUUGAUAUUAAGUGCUAAGAAUCUGUACUUUAAAAACUAAAAGCCAUCACUCAAGCAGAACGUUUUUGUAUUGCAUUGUACCCUGCAUUGCCAUUGUAUAUUGUAUUGUAUUGUUUUCAAACGCAAACUAGACCCUAGUCUAGCAAAUUCCACACGAGGGCUAGCGGAUAACAUUCGAAAAAGAUUCCUCGUGGUAUGGUUUAUAGAUGAUCCAGUUUAAGACCAUAUUAGGGAUAUACCUUUGCGAGGUGAGGUACACUCAAAAUAGAAAAACAAAAUAGCGUGACCGCAAUGUUUGCAACAGCAGAGCCAAAAAACGGCGACUGAGUCAGGCGGGACACAGACCAAGCUCGAAUUAAAGCACAGCUGUGCCCUUUCAUCGCUAUUUUUUUAAUUAUUCAUCUUAUAUGGAAGCCAUUUCGCUGCCUACACGAGAAUUUACUCAUUGCUGGCGAAAAAGCCGACGACAAAUAAACGCUGCCUAAAAGCAAGAUACCGCAAGAUUACAGAUUGCUAUCAUUAAAAAAAUCCUGAUUAACAGAAUACGCGCUAUAAUAGUAUAGCUUGAUUAAUAAAUCGCAGGUUGUCUAAACUUUAUAAGUACAUGCAGCCUUUAAUUACAUCUUAAUCCAUAUGGCAUAUAGGCUAUAGCUAUGACGAACAUCGUUAGAAAUUUGUGCUAAAAUGACUAAAAUUUGGCAUCGUUAUCCAUCAACGGGUUUUGAGGACAAUAGUUUUGGUUGCAUUUAUUACAUUCAUAUGCAUUGCACAAAACGUAAUUCUGAUGCUUAUAUUCUUAAAAUACAAGGAAUGCGCAUUGAUAGGACGCUAGCCUUAGAUGCAUUUAGUCAGGUUGCUAUAACUUUCGUUGUUCGCAAGAAUUGAA